ACUUCUAACGUACAGCAGAGCCGACGUACAGGCUUUAGCUUUGCUGUUGUAUUCAAAGAUGUUGUAAUGUAUCGUUGCUAGAUGUCUAAAUAACAGCUCGUUUGUAAACACAAUGUAAACGCGAUGUUUGGACUGAAGCGGAGCAUAUAUAUCGCCGACAGAUCAGUCUUCUCUCUUAAAAUGGUGUAUAAAAUUGCCUGGCUCUCCACACCGGUACGAACUCUUCAGGAAAUGUACCCUCCGCAGCUCUCCAACCAUCAGAUUAUGUCAGAGCUGUUUAAGAGCUCAGUGCUGAUCGGGGAGCGUAGUCGAGUGGAGGAGACGCUUCACGCCAUGCGGCAAGAAGGCGCCAGCAGUCUUCAUGUUAUAUCCGACUUUGACAUGACGCUGACCAAAUUCGCCCACAAUGGCAAGAGAGUCCCCACCACUCACAACAUCCUGGACAACCGGCUGUUGGUUGAUGAAGAAUGUGGCAAAAAGAUGAGGGAGCUGCUGAGCACUUACUAUCCCAUAGAGAUUGACGCCAACCGAACAGUUGAGGAGAAGCUUCCCUUCAUGGUGGAGUGGUGGACGAAGGUUCACCAGCUCCUGGUUGAGCAGAAGAUCAGGAAGGAUCGUCUUGCUCAGGCUGUUAGGGAGUCCUCCUCCAUGCUCAGGGACGGCUACAAAAUCUUCUUUGACUGUCUGGCCAAUCAGAACAUUCCUCUGCUGAUCUUCUCUGGUGGUGUUGGCGAUGUCCUGGAGGAGAUGAUCCGCCAGAACCGCAUUUUCCAUCCUAAUAUCCAUGUCAUCUCCAACUACAUGGACUUUGACCACGCUGGCGUCCUGCGAGCCUUCAAAGGUCAGCUGAUCCACACUUUCAACAAGAGUCAAGGUGCUCUGUUGCUCGCUGCCCGCUUCCCAAAACUUCAGGCCCGCCCCAACGUGCUGCUGCUGGGAGACUCCCUGGGAGACCUCAACAUGGUGGCCGGGGUGCCCGAGCCCCGUAAUGUCCUCACUGUGGGCUACCUUAAUGACCAGGUGGACGAGAGGAGGGAGUCUUACGUAAACUCCUUUGACAUCGUGCUGGUGAAGGAUGAGACAAUGGACGUCCCCAACGCCAUCCUCAACUUUGUGACGUCAUCGGGAGACAACAGCUAAGACUAGCAGGACUAGUUAUUACUUUCACUUUCAUAUGGAUUACCUCAAAUGACACUUUGACCUCAGGGAACGUUUUAGCUUUCAUGGUAGUCCCACUUUACCAUCUGUUGACAAUGUUGCACUUUGCUGCUUUACAACUUUUUAAAAAAAAAUUGUAACUACUGUACAUCCGCUUAUUUAUCCUCAUUAUGGUCACGGGGAUAAGCUGGAGCCUAUCCCAGCUGACUUCGGGCGAGAGGUGGGGUACACCCUGGACUGGCCGCCAGCCAAUCACAGGACAAAUAUAAAAAGCGACAAAUUAGAUCAUAUUUAUUUACGGUGUUGAGGCACACUAAAUACAAGCAAGCGUCUGAGCUAAAUCUUAAAAACUAAAGUCCCAAUUGUAAAUGAGCAACAAAGUUACUUCAAAUUUAACAUUGGAGUCACUCCUAAAACAUUACCUCUACUGUAUGUACACUCAAACCCAAAUCAUACCUUAAGUCAUACCUUAAGACACAUUUUUAGUGAAUUUGUAUUUGUUGGAUAGCUGCAAAUGAGACAUUUUUAUUCCGAAUUCUCAUACUUUGCACCACUCUAACAGGUCGUACUAACUCAAGCUGCAUUUUAUAGUGAUUAUGCCAUGUACAGUAUGCAGAUUUUUUUUUUUUUAAUAAAAUGUAAAAGAUAAUAAAAUUAUAUUAUUUUAAAUAGCUCUUAACACAAUUUUGUCACUUGUCAUUUCCAGCUAAAACAGUGUACAUAUACAGUCGCCCCUCGCAAUAUCACAGCUGGACUUUCGCUCUCUCGUAGUUUUUCAGAAAUGAAUAAAUGAUAGCUGGACUAUGGUUUGUUAUUAGUCAAAACAUAUUGAAAUACAAGUGAUAUGUAGUAUUCUGGUCACUAGGCAGCAGUAAUGACACAAAACGAUUGCGAUAUUACCUUAACACUGCAUGAAGUCAGCCAUGGCAUGUCGCACAGAGUGAAAAAAUGCUCUCCUUCCACUCUGUGUGGAAGUGGUAAGUUUCUGGUUUCUUAAUUUUAGAAGAUAUAAAUUCGAGGCUAAUUGGUUGGCUCGGUUGCCUGCAGCAGUCUCGUGAGCCUUCAGCAUACGAGUUGCCAUGUGGUGCAAACAGAAUAAUAGUGUAAAGGUGUAAACCAUAUUUAGAAAGUUAAACAGGUUUUCCAUGGAUAUGCUCCAUUAACAUUAAACAUGGAAAUUCAUUUAACUCUGUUGGGUCCGGAACCAUCCAUCCAUCCAUCUUCCUCCGCUUAUCCUGGUCCGUGUCGCAGGACCUCAUUCCCAACCCAGAGGAGCAAUCCACACUUUUCUGAUGUGAGAACCAUGGCCUCAGAUUUGGAGGUGCGGAGUCUCAUCCCAGAAGCUUCACACUCAGAUGCAAACUGCCCCAGUAAACGCUGAAGGUCACAGGCCUGAUGAGGCCAUCAGAACCACAUCGUCUGCAAAUAGCAGAGAGAGAUCCUAAGGCCCCCAAACUGGACACUCUCAACGCCUUGGCUGCGCCUAGAAAUCCUGUACAUGAAAAUUAUGAACAGAAUCGGUGAAAAAGGGCAGCUUUGGCAGAGGCCAACAUUCACCGCAAACAGGCUUGACUUACUGCUAGCAAUGCAAACCAGGCUCCUGCUCCGGAUGUACAAGGACCGAAUGGCACGUAGUAGCGCGCCACCAAUCCCGUACUCCCGGACCAUGCCCCCAUGAGGGACACAGUUGAAUGCCUUUUCCAAGUCUACAGAAGCACAUGUAGACCGGUUGGGCAAACUCCCAUUACCCUCCAGUACCCUUGCAAGGGUGUAGAGCUGGUCCAGUGUUCCGCGACCAGGACGAAAACCACAUUGCACCUCCUGGAGAUGAGAUUUGACUCAAGGGUCUGGAACCAAUUAACCGCUAUAAACAAGUGAUUUAGGCGCAUUUAUCCAUGGUCUAUGAAGACAUGAGUCAUUUGUGUUUCUGUCAAAGGAUGAUCUGGUGCCAAGUAACUUACCAUGUUUGUGUAAAAGCUCCAUACUGUUGCUCUUACUCUCAUUAUGCAAUUGCAGUAUUCGUUCCUAAUAUUAGUCUUAAAACAUUGAAAAUGGACAGUUUGGCUCAAAGCUUAAAUUGUAAACAUUGAGCUGUACUGUACACAUUAGGUACACAUGCAUGUUUCUUUGCAGUACCAACAAAGAUGGUCUUUUGAACAGCAGAAUUUUCAAACCAGCUAGUGUCUUGUGGACCUAAUAAAGUGACCAGUGACUCCAUUAGACUCUAAAACACCUCUUCCCAGGUCAACAGUUGCCAUUUUAUUGAUUGAAAAUGUGGACUUUAUUUGUUAAAAAAAAAAAAAAAAAAAAAAAAAAAAAAAAAAAUGUAUA